AUGUCUUCAGAGCGACGAGGCAGAGGCCGUGGUCGUGGCUCUGGCUCGAAACACGACUCUCAGCCGCGUUCUGUUCUUGUUUCCAAAGCACUCUCGCGGCUUCUUCGCCAUGCCGCUGUGGAAGAGCGCAUCCCAAUCGACAACCACGGCUACGUCCGGAUGGACCAUUUGCUCGGAUGGCAGAGGCUCCGGAGCUUGCAGCCCCCAGUGACGUUCGACGAGGUUAUCGAGGUCGUUCAAGAGAACGAGAAGAAACGGUUUGCCUUGAAAUACGUCGGGGGAAGAGAGAGCGAGACUGAGGGCGAGAACGAGGCCAUGCCGGCGCCGGCGCCGGCGCCGACACAAACACUACAGGUAGAAGCAGCUGGCCUAGCACCAGCUUUAACAGAACCCGCAACAGAGUCACAGGCAGAAACAGAGACGCAGCGUGCAAUCUCCAUAUUUCAAGCCACCCACGGGACCGGCGAUGUGAGGCGGUUCUUUAUCCGCGCCGCCCAGGGCCAUAGCAUGAAGACAGUCGAGGCGGAGAGCCUGCUGACGCCCAUCAGCCUCAACGACUCGGCGAAUGUCCUGGACACGGUGGUGCACGGCACAUUCUACGGCUCCUGGGAGCGGAUCCUGCAGAGCGGUGGGCUGAAGCGUAUGGCACGGAACCACGUCCACUUCGCUACAGGCCCGGCUCUGGACGAAGUGCUCCCCUCGGCCACUGGAGACGAGGACAGAGCCAAUGUGGGUUCCAUCCUCGGCAAGAACAAAGUCAUCAGCGGCAUGCGCAGUGACGCCCAGAUCUUGAUCUACAUCGAUAUCCGCAAAGCGUUGGCCGACAGGCCUGACAUGAAGUGGUGGAGGAGCGAGAAUGGAGUGAUUCUCACAGAAGGCGUCUCUCCGUCGUCUUCGUCGACGUCAGCGUCAACGUCAACGUUGUUGGGAUCCGGGGACGGAGAUGGACCGAAGGAGGAGGAAGCUCGUCAACCCGGCAAAGGGACAGAGGCAAUAGAGACGCGCAAGGCGUCGGAGGAAGAAAAACUGGUGCCGAUGGAAUACUGGCUCGCAGCCGUCGAAGUAAAAGAAGGACUCGGCCUGCUCUGGAAGCAAGGGGAGGGGACCAUGCGUGAACUGCCCGAGCAUUUGAGGAACAAGGCCCCGCCGUUUGGGAAAGGAGGGCGAAAUCGAGGACGAGGACGAGGACGGGGACAAGGAAGAGGAAGAGGUUGA